AUGUCCCUGAUUGAGCUGACAGUGUCGCAGCGGACCUUCAAAGGCGCCCUUGCCGAGCUGGAGACUCCCUCACGGUCAAACCCUGCGCCUCGACGGUCUAGGAAUCUCUCGCCCUCGAAGCGUCCUGCCCGCGCAAAGGAUGGAGAUAAGACAAUACCGAGUGGAAAGGGACCGGAUCCUUCCGAGUUCGAUCCUGAGUUUGUCAUAGGCGAUGACGAUGAGCCCAGCCGAACAGGAACUCCACAGCCUAAAGAUAAGGAGGACUCAGCAGAUGCUCCUCCGAAUGCCUCCAAGGAUAAGGACGGGGAGGAGAGAAAACUACUCCGGUCUUACCGCAUAGCCCAUGCCCGCGUCGCUGCAAUAGAAGCGUUUGAGGCGUCUCUCCGGGAGAACACGCCUCUUACAUCUAUCAACGAGCCCUCUGCCUUCCUUGAAUACCUCGGGCAGCUAAACAUCAGGAGUGAUAUGCUGAUGGAAGAGCUGAAGAGAGUGUCCAAAGAACGAGAUGAACUCAAUAAGAAGCUGGAGGAAUCGGAAAAGAAGGCAAAGGAAACCGCGGACCAGUUGGAGCAAAUUCACUCACAAACACCAGCAGGUAAUGAGGCAUCAGCCGAUGACUCUACAAGCCAAUCUGUGUCCGGAGAUUCGUCCGCGCCAUCGAAGUUGUCCAGGGAGACGCAGGCCACGGAAAAUAGCGAGGAAUUCUUUUCGUAUGACAGCGAACUACCUCGGUUGCAGAACCAGUUACAGGAGUCCGAGGAGAAGGUUGAGAGACUGGAAGAAGAGAAGAAGACAUUGCAGAGAGACCUAUCUGUGGCGCAGGAGUCUGCUGAGACCUUAAUGAAGAAUCUGGAAACGGCAAGCAAUGAUGUCCAAAGCCUCAAGGACUCCUUGGAGAAGGCCCAAGCAAAAGAAAAGGAACUUGAGUCCACGGUUGCCGAUCUGCAGUCCAAGCUGUCUUUUGCUGAAGAUGAGCUGCAAAAGGGCAGGAAGGAGGCUAGUCAAUACGAGGAAACCAUGAAAGACCUGCAACUCAAGAACAAGGCCCUUACGGAGGAGCUGGAAGAAGUCCAUGCCACCAAAGGAGAGGAGCUGCUAAACAGUCAGGAACACGAUAGUCUACGGGCCCAGAUCGAAUCUCUUGAGAGCACCAUUACGGAGCUUCGCGGAGCCCAGGCAACUAGUGACAAGCGUAAUGAGACGUUGAACGGCCUAAUCGCAAAUUUACGCGAACAGCUGCAAAGUGCGGAGUCGGAACGCACUUUGACACUAUCGGACCUUCAAAGGACGAAACUGGAGCUGGAGGAUGUCGUCAAGGAGAAAGAUGAUAAAAAGGAUGCGGCAGGCCCUUUACCAACGUCUUCUGCGGCAAAGCUUGCUGAGCCUGCAGCCUCCAGAAAGAAGAACCGCAGGAAGAAGAAAGUAGGGAAACCGACAGAUGCGUCGACAGAAUUGGCUCAACAUGAAGCAGAGAAUGAGACUGCACCCCCUACGCCUCGCGAGGGAGAUUUUGUCAACGAACAAACCCAUGUUCAGGGCAAGGUUUCCCAGCUGCAAGCUGACCUUGACGCGAAGAUUGCCAUAAUUGAGAGUCUACACGAAGAGGUGUCGAAGAAAGAAGCGUCUAUAGAAAGCUUGCGGGGUCGGCUCAAGGAUCAAGAAGCUAUGCAGGAGGAGCUGGAGACGUUGCGACAUGACCUUCUCGAUUUCGGACAAGAGCAUACAGAAGCCAAAGACAAAAUCAAGGAACUGCAGGCGGAAAAAGCAGCCCUACAAGAACAGCUUCGAACCGGAAAGGCUGCCCAGGAGACGUCGCAGCAGGAACGGGAUAAGUUGACGAAGGAGUUCGAGGAAUUGAAGGCUAAGGCCGACUCCUUACAGACUGACCUCUCAGCGGCUGAGAAGCUCGCUGCGUCGCGGUUCAAGGAGCUCGCCGAGAUGAGGGAAGUCCUUCAAAAGGCCCAACCGGAGCUGCUUUCCUUGCAGGAGCUCUCGUCCAAAUCAGCGGAAUUGCGCCGUCUAGAAGGUCGCGAAAGGGACCUCAAAUCUGAGAUAGCAACCGACAUCAAGAGCCUCAACGAGAAAAUGAAACAGGAGACUUCUCAGAGAUUGGCCUUGGAGGAAACAAACAGACAGAAUCAGAAAGACCUUCAGAAGUCUGAGGCUGCCCGACAAGAUGUCAUUGAACAGCGAGAGAAACUCACCAAAGAUCUUUCGAAAGCACAGGAUGAUCUCAAGGCCUCCAGAGCUAAGAUACGUGGACUGGAGGACGAUGUUACGAAGCUGAGGCGGGAGGCAGACAGCUUACGGGAUGAGAUCCAGCUCAAAGCCGCACAAUAUGCCAGCGCGCAAGACCUCAUGAACAGCAUGCAAGAUCAGACACAAGAGAUGGGCGCUCAGAUGAAGGAGGUACGCGCCCGGAGCGAGAGCUUAGAAGAAGAGCUCGCUGAUGCACACCGACUCUUGAGCGAGCGCAGCCGUGAGGCAGAGACGAUGAGGAGGCUCUUAGCCGACACACAAGGUAGAGCGGAUUCGAGGGUGAGGGAAAUGCAAGAGAGGCUGGACCUUGCGAUAGAAGAAAGGGAGAGAGCGGAGGAACAAGCCAAUACCUUCAGUCGAAGACGAGCCAGGGAGCUUGAUGAGCUGAAACAGAAGGUCCGCGAUGCUGAGCGAGCUCUUGCGCGUGCCGUCGAAGACAAGGAAGAGCUACUAUCAACAGAGAAAGAGCUGCGCAGGCAAAGAGACGAAUUAGAACGCGCUGCUGCGCGCGCUAAAGAGGAGGCCGCUGAAGUCAGACUUACAAUGAGCGAACUACGGGAUGCUUUGGACGAGAGCGAGAAACAAGCCAGAGGCCUGGAAAAGGAAAAGGCUGAUUUGCGGCGAGCUUUUGAUGAGACACAAAACCGUCUGGAGAAGCUGCAAAAAUCGAGCAAGUCCAUGGCAGAAGAGCUCCGGCAUAUGCAGACAGCGAAGACACGCGCACUUGAUUCGAAUGGGCAAUCUUCGCGCUCAUCGGCCGAAUCAUCACGGUCACGACUUGCAUCUCCCGCCCCGAGGACAGGGGCGCAGGGAGAGAGCAGCAGUGGAAUAGACUACGUCUACUUGAAGAAUGUCCUCCUACAAUUCCUGGAGCAGCGGGACAAGAAGUAUCAACAGCAGCUGAUCCCAGUACUCGGCAUGCUGCUGCACUUUGACAAAAACGACGAACAAAGGUGGACGGCCGCCAUAUCGGCCAAGUAG